AUGCUCAGAUUUAUUGUGUUUACCUCUCUCGCAGCACUCGUGCUGGCUGAACUGACUCCCGAGCCCAGGUACCUGGAGGAUGACAGUGCCGAGGAGAGAGUUGUGGGAGGACAGGUGGCCAGACCCAACUCCUGGCCCUGGCAGAUCUCUCUUCAGUUCAAAUCUGGCAGCAACUUCUAUCACACUUGCGGAGGAAGCCUGAUCAGGAGAGGAUGGGUCAUGACUGCUGCUCACUGUGUGGACAGAUCCAGGACUUGGCGUGUUGUUCUUGGAGAUCACAACAUCAACACCCAGGAGGGCAGAGAGCAGUACAUGAGCGUGAGCCGCGUCCACAUCCACCCCAAUUGGAACUCCAACAACGUUGCCGGAGGGUGGGAUAUCGCUCUGCUGCGUCUGUCCUCUGAUGCGUCAAUCAACAGCUACGUCCAGCUCGCCGCUCUUCCCCCCACCGGUCAGAUCCUGCCCCACAACAACCCUUGCUACAUCUCUGGCUGGGGUCACACCCAGACUGGAGGUCAGCUGUCUGCCCAGCUGAAGCAGGCCUCCCUUCCCAUUGUUGAUUACAAGACCUGCACCAGCUAUGGAUGGUGGGGCAGCACUGUGAAGAACUCCAUGGUCUGUGCUGGUGGUGGAAGGGACUCUGGUUGCCAGGGUGACUCCGGUGGCCCCCUGAACUGCAGCGUGAACGGGAAGUGGGUCGUCCACGGUGUUACCAGCUUUGUGUCUUCCUCUGGCUGCAACGCCAACAAGAAGCCCACCGUCUUCACCCGUGUCUCUUCCUACAUCAGCUGGAUGAACAGCGUCAGUAUUACACGAUAA